AUGUCUCAUCCUCAGGAGGCCCGAAAGAUUACUCAAGAGACCACGAAGCCAAAGUCUUUCACCGGCAUUAAUCAUCUUAAGUUACCGUGCCACGAUAUUCUCAAGACUGGGGCAUUCUACGAGAAGAUCUUUCAUCUGACUCGAAUUCCCAAAUACAACCAUUACACUCCAGAUCACAAGCUGUUUGCCAUUAUGCUAGAGCACCAGCCAACUAAGCUCAUCGUCGAGUUGCGUUACGUUCCGGCACAGGCAACCGCUCAGAAGGGUUGGGAUCCCAUCACUUGGGGAGUUGGUACUCGAGCAGACCUUGAGGAAUGGGGAGCCUGGCUUGAUGAUCACGGGGUGUCAAGAAGUAAGAUUCUUACUGGGAUUAAGGGCUGGGUAAUGGCGUGCGAAGACCCGGAUGGAAGAAUCGUGAGGUUGUAUGUUGAGGAUGAGGAACAUGAGUGGACGGACCAUCCGGAUCAGGAUGAGUAUUGGCUUGGAAGUGUGGAGGCGAAUCCAACUCAGGAGUAA